UUAUCGUCAGUCCAGCAACAUGAAUGGAAGGGAUCAGAGUUGUGUGAUUUUCAUAUUAUUUUUUGCAUUUCAGUCAACAAGAUCAUUGAAUCCAGUUAUAUUAGUUCCUGGAGAUGGAGGGAGUCAGAUCGAAGCUAAGUUAGAUAAACCAAAAGUAGUUCAUUAUGUCUGUGAUAAAACAGCUGAAUAUUACAGUCUGUGGUUAAACCUAGAGCAGCUGGUACCAUUAUUAAUUGACUGCUUUGUGGAUAAUAUGAGAUUGGUUUAUAAUGCAACAUCACGUACUACAAGUAAUUCUCCCGGUGUAUUUACCCGAAUGCCAGGUUUUGGCGAUACUCAAUCAGUAGAGUGGUUGGAUCCAGAUCUAUUUUCACAUAUAACCCGCACAUCCUAUUUUGCUCCGAUUGUGUCUAGUUUAGUGAAUUGGGGAUAUGUGAGAGGAAAGAGUGUUCGAGGUGCACCAUAUGAUUUCAGGAAAGCUCCAAAUGAAUUAGGUGACUAUUUUGUUCAACUAAAGAAGUUGAUAGAAGAUACGUACACCUUGAACAAUAAUACACCAAUAGUUAUGUUAGCUCACAGUAUGGGUAACCCCGUCUCAUUAUAUUUCCUCAAUCAUCAACCACAAGCCUGGAAAGAUAAAUACAUCAAUAAACUUAUAACAUUAGCUGGAGUGUGGGGAGGAUCCGUUAAACCAUUACGUCUCGUAGCUUCAGGUGAUAACCUCGGUGUACCGUUUGUCAAAGCUAUAAAUGUGCGAAAGGAACAAAGAUCCAUGCCGAGUACAGCUUGGUUGAUGCCAACCGAUAAAUUCUGGUCUGACAAUGAACCCCUUGUUAUUCGUCCAGAACGAAACUACACGGUCAAUGAUUAUAAACAGUUCUUCCAAGAUCUUGGUUUUAUGGACGGUUACGAAAUGAGAAAAGAUACCGAAGGAUUAGUUUAUACUUUGACCCCUCCAGCGGUUGAAGUUCAUUGUCUCCAUGGAAACGGUAUCCCUACUCCUGGUGCGUUUAAAUACGACAAUGGUGCUUAUAAAUGGCCGGAUUCGCAACCUUUUGUGAUAACAGAAGAUGGUGAUGGCACUGUUAAUAUACGAAGUCUACUUGGUUGUCUGUCCUGGGAAACAAAACAGAAACAAAAAGUUAUUCAUAAAAUAUUUCCAAAAGCCGAACAUAUGGAGAUUUUAAAUAAUAAAGACAUUAUCGCCUACCUCAAAUCAGUUUUAACGGUGCCAAAUUAGGGUAAUAAUUAAUAUAUUAUUAAUAAUUUAACAUCCAUAUGUAACUGUCUAAUGUGUACCUGUUUAAUUUAUCUUCUUGGCAUAAUGGGGAUGCUUGAAUUGAUGGAAUUGCAAUCGGGCGACGCUUGAAUUGAUGGAAUUGCAAUCGGGCGACGCGAAAUUCAGUCCUGUCACAGUUCUGACAGUCUCAACAAUUGAGGUGUUGUGAGUAGAAGCGUGAUGUUAUUGGGUGGAUGGCCGAAUGGUUAGCAUGUGCGCGCUGUAUCAUAAGGUCUGUCAUUUAGUCAACUGGCGGGGUUUCGAUUCCCCGGUUGUACGUGACAAGGAAUAGUCGCCUGUCCAACCUUGUGGGUUUUCUCCGGGUCCUCCGGUUUCCUCCCACUGCUAAAGACCCCUACGCACAAGCAAAUUAUUGAAAUAAAAUUGAACCAUAUGUUAGUCCCAAAAUGACCCAGUUUGUAUCGAGUGGGCAUUAAACCCCAUUUCUCUCUCUCUCUAUUAAACACAAGGAAUAUGUUUCAGCUGUCAUGGUUGGUUAAGAUAUUCUAUUAGACAGUCGACUCAUGCAUUCUAGCCCCAUAUUCCCAUUUUCACUUGAUUGUCACUUUUUGGGGCUUGACAGAAUUCAAUUCCAGAACGGUCAAUCGAGGAUCCCCAUUGUCAACUUUUUUUCUUUUUAUUAGAUCUGUUACAUUUGUCUUCUUCCGAAAAUUCUGUGUGCCAUCCAUAUGAUGCAAACAAGUAACUUGUUAUUAAAUUAUACAUGUAUAUGAAGAGUCCAGGGUAAGAACGAUCUAAGUCACUUUUUGUCUUUUCGCAUAAAAGGCAAAACAGAAUUUUGGACGAGAAUGCUUGACGCGAACAGAACAACGAGUGGGUUUAAUUACAAAUUCAAAAUGAUGUUUAAUACGAAUCAUAAUUACCAGUACAACAACUGACUUCCACUUUUCAGCCAAAUUAAGGUCAAAUAAAGAGUACGAUGGACGUAUUUGUCCAGGAGGCCAUUUCUGAAUGACCUUGGUUCGAUGUGACUCCGGUCGUUUUAACCUGAAAUUGAUUUUUCCACAGAAAGCUUAUACAAUUUGCUACCAGAUGGUGCUAUUAACUGGGGUUGUUGAAAAAGUGACUUAGAUCGUUCUUCCCCAGGGCUCUUCAUAUUGUACCUAUUUGAAACAUCCAUGGUCUUUCACUGUAACCCGGGUAUCAUUUAAUCUUGUGUAUUUAGCACUAAUUUCUUU